AUGGCGCCGGCCUCCAAGGCUGCUCCGCUACUGAUGACCCACUCCGCCCACCCAGGGCACGUACUCAAGCUUUUUGCCGGCAGCUCUCCGUUCCAGUGCGAUGGCUGCAGGCAGUACAGCGACGACGAGCGCUGGUACCGGUGCGAGCCAUGCGACUACGACCUUCAUGUAUGCUGCGCGCUCCUCAGGACCUACCUCACGCAUCCUCUCUUUCCGGGCCGCAUUUUCACCUUCCUCCACAGGCCUCCCAGCGCCCCGGGUUACAGCUGCAGAUUCUGCGACGGCUGCGGAGACUUGGUGCUCGGCUUCGUGUACCACAACGCCGAGCGCCAGCUCGACCUCCACCCGCAGUGUGCCUCUCUUCCCACGGUCCUCGCCGGGGAGGAACGCGUGCCAAUCCUCUCGGAGGAGGCGCCUGUCCGCGGUAACUGCGGGCUGUGCGGGCAGGGGAAGAACGGGCGCCGUGGCAGGUUCUGGUGCUACCGCUUCAACUACGCCGACGGGGAGCCUGCGUACGUGCAUGUGGCGUGCUUAAUGGAACUCCGGGAUCAGGGGACGCUGCAGAGCGCGCCCAGCAGGAGGUCUGGCAGGUUCUUGCGUUUCUGCAAGAUUGCCUUGACCGUCGCCAGGGUGGCACACGCGGUCACCACUAUGGACCCGGUAGGGUUUGUCACCGCAGUUGCCGGCCACCCAUGA